AUGACUAGAAAAAAGGUUAAGCUCGCUUAUAUCACUAACAACUCUGCAAGAAAAGCCACAUUCAAGAAAAGGAAGAAGGGGCUGAUGAAGAAAGUGAGUGAACUUAGCACUCUUUGCGAUGUCAAAGCCUGUACAAUCAUUUACAGCCCUUAUGACUCGCAACCAGAUGUUUGGCCUUCCCCUCUUGGAGCCCAACAUGUGCUUGCUGAUUUUAAGAGGAUGCCCGAGAUUGAGCAGAGCAAGAAGAUGGUGAAUAAGGAGAGCUUCCUACGCCAGAGGAUCACUAAAGCAAUCGACCAACUGAAAAAGAGGCGCAACAAUAAUCGCGAAAAGGAGAUAAUGGAUAUCAUGUUCCAAAGUCUUACUGGGAAGUCCCUCCACCAACUCAACCUUAUUGAUCUCAACGAUUUGGGUUGGCUCAUCGAACAACACCUCAAAGAAAUCCAAAAAAGCAUGGAAACACUCAGCAAGUCACCUUUGCCUCAGGAGGUGACAGACAAAGGAGUGAUGAAGGGUCCUGGUGAGACUUUCACUCAAAUCAAGGAGGAUUCUAUGGUGCAGACGCUACAGCAGCCGCAAAUGCAGUUCGUUGAUGGGAUGAAUCCUCAAGCACAACAACAGCAUUAUGUCGGGUUGAACGAGGAACAGGUAGAGAUGAUGGUGCCAUUCACAGAUCAGAACUACCAUAAUAAUGGAUUUGUAUGGUCCAGUGUUUUUAAUUACCCUUAG